AUGGCUACACGCUCGUACGCUGGAGUCAACUGGCUGUUAUUCGUAAGGACGGACAAAGAUACCGACGACGUUAUCUUUACAGCACUUGUCUCACGAGGAAAGAAUGUCGUGGCGGAGCGGACGGUGGAUGCGACAGCGUUGAUGGAACACGGCGAAGAGAUUGGCCUCGAGAUGGAUACAGUUGAAGUCAAGGCUUUGCUGCUCAAAACGCUGGAAAAGCGUUAUAAUGUCGACUUGAGAGUAGAGAUUGCAACUGAAAGUGAGACCGUAAAAGACGUUCGUUUGGUCUUGACGUACAAGUUCAGCCCCACAAUCAGUCGAAAAGGAGUUUUUCGGCUACCAGUCGUUGCAGCGGAUGCCCCAGUGAGCCUCGUGGCAUUGUUGACUAGCAUUCAUGCUAAGCCGCCAUAUCCGAAGCACUUUGAAGACGAGGAAAGUGAGAAUGUGGAAAAGGAGUGCUUGUUGUCUGCUUCAAAACACAGUGGUUUGUCAGCUGGAAAUAAUGCAGCGCACAAUCGUGAAAGCGAUGGGACAACAACGGCAUUGCAAAAUACCUCGAGCUCUGAUGCUGAACCGGCACCAAUGAAACCAGGGCUGCUGAAAAAGAGACUUGUCCCUGCAGGAACCACGCGACGGAAAGGUCCUCGAGGUGCCAAGUUGGCGAAGAAGUAG